AUGUCGGGCAUAAUAACUGGCAAAGUAGCAGCCGGCGCCACGGCCGCCGUCACCUCGGCAGUCGAGAAUGUCGCAAGGACCGCAACCUCCCUCACAGCCGGCGGCGGCUUCGUACCGCGCGAAGUUUACGAAUCCUCGACCCAAAUCACCCGCUCCUACUACCUCGGCCACCACGCCUCCGCCCUCAACAAAAUGCGCCAGACCAUCUCGAACGUCGGCUUGAUCAUCGAAUGCCGCGACUUCCGCGUACCCAUCUGCUCGUGGAACCCGCUCCUCGAGCGCAGUCUCGCCGCCUCCGCUGCCGGCGAGCGCUCCCGCAUCAUCGUCUAUACGAAGCACGACCUCGGCCCACCCUCGGGCAACUUCUCCAAAGAGACCUCCAUCGAGGGCUACACCAACGGCCGCUACCAAAGCGGCAAGGACAUGGUCAAGACCCUCAAAAAGUACCACAAGAACUCCUACACCACCAAAGACGUCAUGUUCCUCGGCACCUCCGCCGGCGCCCGCAGUCGCAACGACGCACCCAACAACGACAAACACUUGCUCGAGUCCAUCAAGCGCAUCGCUCGCGAAGCCGACUCUCUGACGGGUAUGCGCGCCAUGGUGGUCGGCAUGCCCAACAGCGGCAAAUCCACCCUGCUCAACCGGCUGCGCGCCAAGGGCAUGGGUCUGCCCAAAGCCGCGCAAACUGGCGCCACACCGGGCGUUACCCGCAAGAUCGGCACCCCCGUGCGCAUCAUAGCUGGCGAGUCCGCCGACGACCCGAGCAGCGCCGGCUUAGGCGAGGGAGUCUUCAUCAUGGACACGCCGGGCGUGUUCAUCCCGUACGUCUCGGACCCGGAGGACAUGCUCCGUCUGGCGCUGGUAGGGUGCGUGAAAGACGGCGUGAUUCCGUCCGUCACGGUGGCCGAUUACCUGCUUUACCAUUUGAAUCUUGUCGACCCGAAGCUGUAUACGCGCAAGUUCGACUUGGGCAAGCCGACCAACGACGUGCACGAGUUCCUGCGGGCGGUGGCGACACGCACGGGUAAACUGAGAAAGGGGUCGGAGCUGAACCUGGAAAACGCAGCCGACUGGGUGGUGCAGGCGUGGCGGCGAGGAGACCUGGGCCGGUUCGCGCUGGAGAGGGUCACAGAGGAGACGCUCGCGCAGGCGGUCGAGAAGGCGAGGGAGCCGACAGUGAGUAUCAGCCAGGCGAGGAAGAGGGAGAAGGAGCAGAGAAAGGUCGCGCAGCAGCUGAAGUGGGCAGGCAUAACGGCGCCGCCGGGUGGAAGUGUUGCGUAGGCACUCACCGAUUUAGCAUGAUAUG